AGACAAUACACACCACAACCACAAGAAACACGGUUUGUCUUGUAGCACCCAAAGAUGCGUAAAGCUCUCCCAACCAAGUCACUAUUCACACUUUCAGGUCUCCAUUACUUUUGAAGAGUCUUCUCCACUUCUCUCCGAUCGUCCCACUGUAGCCGUUAUACACUUCACUGAUCUAAACCGAGAAAAAACCCACCUACCAGGUACCACCACCACAUCCUAUCUCUCCCAUUUUUGUACGCUCAAACAUACAGAAUUUAAUUUUUAAAAAAAGCUCUUCAGAAGAUAAUGCUGCUUUCUGUAGCUGAACCAGAAGCAGAGGAUGAGGAGCUCAACCUGAAUCUCCUGUUCAAUGGCAAUCUUUAAGCUUCCCAUCCUCUUCUUCUUCCUCUUUAUUGCCUUCGCCGAACUUCCCAUUUCAUCCGCAGCUCGCCAAGACAACGAGCCAUUUGUGGGUGUCAACAUUGGUACUGACGUUUCGAAUCUGCUUUCGCCAUCGGACCUCGUCGACUUUCUUCGGCUUCAAAAGAUAACCCAUGUUCGGCUCUACGAUGCCGACCCCAACAUCCUCAGAGCCUUGGCCCGAACCGAUAUUCGGGUCGUCAUCGGCGUGCCCAACAACCAGCUCCUCGCAAUCGGAUCCUCUCACGCCACCGCCUUCUCCUGGAUCAGGCGAAACGUCGUCGCUUACUACCCCGCAACCCUUAUCACAGGAAUUUCCGUCGGUGACGAGGUUCUGAGUACUAUACCUUCUUCGGCUCCUAUUCUUCUCCCCGCAAUUCAAUCCCUCUAUGAUGCCCUCGUUGCUUCGAAUCUCCAUAACCAGAUCAAGAUUUCGACCCCUCACGCUGCCUCCAUCGUUCUGGAUCCUUUUCCUCCGUCGCAAGCUUUCUUCAAUGAGAGCCUCGUCUCUGUCAUCCUUCCUCUCCUUCAGUUUCUUUCCAAAACUGGGUCGCCGUUGAUGAUGAAUUUGUACCCUUACUAUGUGUUUAUGCAGAACAGAAAGGUCGUUCCUCUGGACAAUUCAUUGUUUAAACCGUUGACGCCGUCCAAGGAAAUGGUCGACCCCAAUACUCUGCUUCACUACACCAAUGUUCUGGACGCCAUGAUUGACGCUGCUUAUUUCUCCAUGAAGAACUUGAAUGUCACAGACGUUUUGGUUUUGGUCACUGAAACAGGGUGGCCUUCCAAGGGCGAUUCAAAAGAACCUUUCGCUACUAAAGACAACGCAGACACCUACAAUUCCAACCUAAUCAAACAUGUUUUUGAUCGUAGCGGUACCCCCUUACACCCAGAAACAACUUCAAGCGUGUAUAUAUAUGAGUUGUUCAACGAAGAUUUGAGGUCUCCGCCGGUGUCGGAGGCGAAUUGGGGCUUGUUUUAUGGCAACACUACGCCGACUUAUCUGCUUCAUGUGUCGGGAAUCGGGUCUUUUCUGGCGAACGAUACGACGAACCAGACAUACUGUGUGGCCAUGGACGGGGUCGAUUCAAAGACAUUGCAGACGGCGCUGGAUUGGGCAUGUGGACCUGGAAGAGCAAAUUGCUCGGAGAUACAACCUGGGGAGAGUUGUUAUUAUCCAAACAAUGUCAAGAAUCACGCUUCUUAUGCGUUUGAUAGCUAUUAUCAGAAUCAAGGCAAGAGUGCUGGGUCCUGUGACUUCAAAGGAGUCGCCAUGAUCACAACCACUAACCCCAGUCACGGGAACUGUCUAUUUCCUGGAAGUAAAACUUUGACGAACAAGACAAAGCAAGUGGUGAACUCUACACAGUUGAGCAGUGGAGGAGAUAGGAUAAGGCUGAGAAGCUUCAUGAGUAUCAGAAUGAGUGCUGUUAUUAACGAAGGCUUGCACAAUUUCUUGGCUUUUGCAUUUCCCUCUAUGUUGUUAUUGUUGCUUUUGUAAUGGUCGGCCAAUCAGAGUGGCAAAUAAUUCAAUUUCUUGUUUUUUUGGGGGCUAGUAUAAUUUUUGAGAUGUUGGAUUAAUAAGGGAGGCAAAAUCAAAAAAGUAGUGGGGAUUUGUGGUUGUUAUGUGGGUUAAACAGUUUUUUUUAGGUGGGGGUAGAGUCAGUAAUUUGUGGCUGGGUUUUAUUUAUUAACUAACACUUGGAUUUCUUUUUUAGUGUAUUUGUCAAUAGCUUAUUUUGUAACAAGAGAAGAGGACAAUAAAAUGAAGAGGAGAUUAAUUUUCGGUUUAAA